GGCCGCAGGACGCCACGGGGCCGCGCGGCUGGCCACCUUCCACGGUCCGCGGCGCCUGAAUCUGCUCCGGUCUCAGACGCUCGGGCUCGUCGGGAACCGCGGGGCCUCAGCGUCAGGGAAGGGUCUGAGCGUCGCCACUGAAUGCGACGGACGGAGAGCGCUCCACGGCUCCCCACCAGCCUCCGGCCAGGCCUCGGCAGGCCCAGGGUCACUGCCCGUGGGACCCGGGGGUCCGGCGUGCGACGAAACCACCGCCCUGCGCUGCGCCCGAGGAGCGCAGGAGCUGCCGGCGCGUCCCCGUCCCCGUGCCCGGGUCCUGCGCGCGUCGUGUCCGCAGGUGGCUGCGCCUGUCGGCUCCGCCCGCGAUGAGGGGCUCUGUGGGGACCCGCCUUGCACGCCCGGGUUUGCGAGCGUGAGAGGGAGGAUCCGACCCUUACUCCGCGGUUUCGGUUAUGUAAACCGGACAGUGAACCAGGACUGAUCCACCCUGGCACCUGUUUGCCAUCUUGUGGGGCUGCAGGAACCUGGAUAGAAUGUGGCUGGAGCCUGUAUGAUGAGGAGGGGGCUACAUCACUGUGAGCAACAUGGCUGACAGCAAGGCCAAACCUGCCAAAGCUGCCAACAGGACACCACCCAAGUCCCCAGGGGACCCCAGCAAGGAAAAGGCUGCUAAGAGGUUGUCACUGGAGUCAGAGGGUGCCAAUGAGGGGGCAGCUGCAGCCCCUGAGCUCAGUGCCCUGGAGGAAGCUUUCCGGCGGUUUGCAGUGCACGGGGACACCCGGGCAACGGGGAAGGAGAUGCAUGGCAAGAACUGGUCAAAACUGUGCAAAGACUGCCACGUGAUCGAUGGGAAGAACGUGACUGUCACUGACGUGGACAUUGUCUUCAGCAAGAUCAAAGGGAAGUCCUGCAGGACCAUCACCUUCGAGCAAUUCCAGGAGGCACUGGAGGAGCUGGCCAAGAAGCGGUUCAAGGACAAGAGCAGCGAGGAGGCUGUGCGUGAGGUGCACCGGCUCAUUGAGGGCCGCUCACCCGUCAUCUCUGGAGUCACGAAAGCUGUGUCCUCACCCACUGUGUCACGGCUCACAGACACGACCAAGUUCACGGGCUCCCACAAAGAGCGAUUCGACCCAUCAGGCAAAGGCAAAGGCAAGGCUGGCCGUGUGGACCUGGUGGAUGAGUCAGGCUAUGUGCCUGGCUACAAGCAUGCAGGCACCUAUGACCAGAAGGUCCAGGGGAGCAAGUAAUCUUGGAGGCUGAAGCCCUGGACGCUGCAGGUGCCAGGUGCAGGACUCAUACCCGUCACACUUCAUUACAUUCCUGUGCUCAACUGGGCAGAACUCAAAGCUCACCUCCACCAGGCGACAGCAGGGGUGACAUCCAGGCCUCCUCCUGCUGGGUGCUCUGAUACUUCUCUCUCAGACCCCAGGUUUGGGCCCUGAUUCAUUGUCCUUUGCUAACAUGCCUACCCUGUCCAGUUGGGAAGUGGACUGCUGUUUCCAAACUGUCUCCCAGGAUCAAACCACACUGGCCACUUGGUCUGCAGGUAAAGGGGGUGUUUUGGUAAUUGGUAGGUGUGAGGAUGAGCAGUGUGGACCAUCAGAGGCCACCCUGACCUCUUUUUAGGAGCCUCCAGGGCAAACAAAAGUUAAGGAACUAACUGCACAGAUAGAACAGAUUAACCCUAAACAGGUCCCUUCAUCUUUUCUGAGCAGAAGGCAUGACUGAGGCUACAUUGUGGCCAUGUUGGUGCAUGUGGGGAACAGGUAACAUCAGCACACGUGCAUACAUGGAUGCGCAUACACACUCAUCAGCCAAGUCUGUUCUGAGGGCAGCCAAGAGACAAUGGAAGCUCACUGGCGACCAGAGGAAUCAGAGUGUGAAGCUGGAAGUGUUUUCAGUGCUGUUUUAAGAAGUAACAAGAAGAGGUGAUUAUGUGCUUGGUUUCAAGAGUGAUCCAGGAAGAUCCAGAAUGUCCAGUUGCUAUGACUUCCUCCCUGCCCCGUUCCAUCACUAAGUUAGACACAUAUAUGAUGCUGAGAUACUUGGUCUAGACCAGGCCUGGGCAAUUGUUUCACCAGCGUGGGAUGGGGGCUUCUGCCAGGGCAAGCUGUACUAUGUUUUGCUCACAAGCUGUUUGUCUUCACUUUUCUGAAGCAUCCUCUGUGAUUGGCUUCCCUAACUUCUCUGGAGUACUGGUCACCAGACACUAGAACCAGGCCCAGGGAGGACUUGCAACAUCUGCUACCAUUUCUUUUCUGCCAUAGACAGUCACGUGCACCGGACUCCGCUCAUCCAUGCGUGAGGGCACCACUCAGUGGGGCUGCUUCAGCACUGCGCCUGCAUCGACCUUGACAGGCCCAGAGGCAUGUGCCACCAUUGUUGCAAUAACCCCACAGCAAUUGUUCCUUUGCAUGAACAUAGCCCCAACCUUGCAUGUGACCUGCUGAACUGUGUGGUCCUGGAGUUGAUCCUAGAAAGAACACACAGUGGCCUUAGGAGAUGUUUCCCAGGGCAGAUGACAGUUUAGGUUGGGGCGUCUUACAUGGCUUGGCACAGCAAGGCUGCCUUCCUUACUGCUGCGGACAUCCACCUCAUCCACCCCUACUGAGUCUGGAGAGCAUUCUUGGCCACUGCUACAGUCCCAGGGAAGACUGUCUACUAGCCCAACUGAGAAGAACAGGGGCCUCAGUACCAGUGCUCCCAGCCAACAGGUUCUCUGAAGGUCCAGGGUUACCAAGCCCCUCAACAGUCUCAACUGGAGGAUGGGGUGGCCCCGUAGACAGCUUCCUCCUGAGGUCCUGGGAGUUUGCAGUGCCUGACAUUAAAGACAAAGUAGUGGAGACUCCCUUCUGGGAUGUCACUUCACUGGUCUAGGGCAACAAAAGGACUCCUGGCACGCUUCAUAUCCUCCCUGGACCCCUAGUUCCCACGUGACUGGCAGUGUUGAGCUCCGAGGCUUUUUCUCCUGCCUGUGAACAGCCUAGUCCUCACUGUCACAACUGAAGUCAUGUGGCAUAGACAUAAAUCCAUCAGGAGGUGACUGCUCCUAGGCCAAGGGAGAGGGGAAGGACAGGAUAGGAUGGUAUCUAAGGAUCCCCAUACCACACAGAAGGCCAGAUAUUCCCCUGGCCCCCUUGUUAUCUGAGGACUUUAGACACUGUCUCCUGUUCAAAGAGUCAAGAGGACAGAAUGAUGUCCAGAUGAAGAUGCAGGCCAAGUCCAGGGCUGGCUGCCUAGGAGCACCUAGGAAACAAUGUAAGUGCCCACUUGCAGGGGACCACCCAGCAUCAUGGGGAAGAGGUCUCAUCACAGACUGGUCACCUCACCCAUGUGCUCAGGAUUAUACAGAGUAGCUCAGAGAGGUGAGCCCAUAGGUCCUGAGCAGCAAAGGGGUAGCACUGUCAUCUCAGCCCCUGAAGGUACGAUCCUAAGCAGAAGAGGGUGAAAACUUCCGAAAGUAUUUCUGAUCACUCUAAUAAACCUUGGACUUUGUAAAUGAAAACCAAGUCACUCUGCUUUGUAGGCUCUCCCUAUCCUAGCCCAGAACCUAAGUGCCCACGGGCUCCUGAAGGGCAGACCCAGGACUGCUCAUAUAUGGUCCUUGGGUAACAUGUCAUAAAGUGGUCUCCACUGUGUCCUACUAUCCCCAGGGUUCCCUCACACAGCACUCUUCUCCAGUCAGUGUAACAUUUAACUUUGAAAACAUACCCUCCUUCUCAUCUGGGUCAUCUAGCAAGGAAGGGGUAGUAACAAACCUAGAUCAUUAAGAGUCCCCAUACUGUCCAUUUAAAAUAUCUGUGAAAUUCAUCAUGGCAUCUAUGUACCCUCUCAAUGCAGAAACUGCUUGGACUCCAACUUUGCUGCACAAUACAGAUGUGCAUUUCCCUCAGUCAGUUUCUGAUAUGAAUACACAGGUAGGGUGUUUGUUGCAUGUUUUAUGCGAUGCCAAUUAACUUCUUCUAAUUGUGGCUAAAUAGAACUCAGUGUCUGUGAAUAAAGAAACUGCACAGCAUGCAAACCAAGACCCAGGGCCAUGUGCUAUUAGGUGACAGACACCCAGGAGAUAGGGACAGAUUCUCUCAGGGGAUUGCUUCCAGGAGAUGGAGACACAUUCUGUUAGGGGAGGACAGCCAGGAAACAAGGACAGAUUCUGCCAGGGGUGACACUCACAGACAUGUUCUGUUGGGGGCAACACAGACACGUUCUGUGAGAGUUAUACUCGGGGACAUGUUUUGUUGGGGUGACAUUCAUGGACAUGUUUUGUCAUGGGUGAAACUCAGGAACACGUUUUGUCAGAGUGACACUCAGGGACACAUUUUGUUGGGGAUGAUGCUCAGGAGACAGGGAUAGGUUGCAGGGAGAACAGUGCAGAUGGUUUCUUAAAUAUCAGGGAAAGUAGGUAAGAGGGUGUUUGAGAACACUGACCCUAGCAGAAUACUUAUUUAUUUCUAUUUAAUGCUGUAAGAUAAACAGCUAGUUAGUGGUAACAGUUAGCUUUACCAAAAUCAAAGUUCAAAUUCCAUGUUUAAAGUAUUGUGGAAAAGAUCUAUAUUUAUACUGGAGUAUUUUCACACCUGUCAGUAUCCUUAGUUUUACAGUUGGGGCAGAGGGACACAUUGACAGAUGCAAAGAGUUUUGAAAUGGAUUGCACGGCAGCUUCUGUCAUUUACCUGUAGUCUGUGCUACCCUGCCCCUCACCUGGGGGAAGAUGGUUCACCUUGGGCAGGCCAGAGCCACCCUGGGCCAAGACUCAACCUUUCACUCCCAGAGGCCCUGGGCUGCCAUUCCUGCCUGUUUUGGUGAAUAAAGGUUUACUGGCACACAGCCAUACCCAUGUUUACAUACUGCCUGCAGCUGCUUUGGCUUUACAACUGGAGCUGGGAGGAGUUGAGACAGAUGCCAUGGCAUAGACACCUUUGGUAUUUACCACCCAUCCCUUGUCAGGGAAAACUGCCUGUCUGCCUGCCUGGCUCUCUUCCUCUGCAGAAUCGUAUACUACCUGGCUGCAGCACAGAAGCAUGGGGAAGUCCUGCCAGCACCCGCUCAGUACAGCAAAGGCAACACUGUAGCUGUACUGUGAAGGUAUUAGCCAGCAGAAUAUCCUUCCACUGAGCCAAACUGCUCUUCUCCACCAACAUACUACUGACCAUUUUGAACGCCAUGGUUCAGGGGUGUGGCCAUCUUGGGAUAUUUAAAUUAACUCUUUUCCUUUAGACUGCUUACACUAAACCAAGCCAAACAACAAAGGAAGCUUGCACAACUAAAACUUGAAAGGGAUAAUAUGCUACUACUACUAGUUUGUACUAAGUUUUUUUCAAGAAAGGGAAAUAAGUUUAUAUAUAUAUUUUUACACUAUUUUAUUAAUGUUAGGGAGUACCAAGUGUAUCACUUUAUCAGUGUGAUGGGUAACGUUGAUGUCAUGGGUGUUCUAACUCCAAAAGGACUUAUGCUGAUGUCUAAACCACACUUGCCCACAAUGUCUGUGGGGUGUAGAUGGGCCUGCUGUCCCUCCUGCAGAGUACAAAGUACAAGGCACCGUGUCACCUGUUGGACUCAAUGUCAUGGCCUGGCUCAUAGCGCUUUAGUGGAACAGUUUGUGUCUGUCUACAUUUCGCUCCUUGUGUUUGCUGUUAUUAAUAUUGUGUGUCAAGUUGAUAAAGUGAUGAAUAAAGGCAUUAAAAACGCG